ACAAGGAAAACAAUGCCUUUCACGACACCUUUAUAAUAUUAUUUGACUACCAAAGGAAGACUAGGACUGCAACAAUGCAUGAAUGUAUGUUUUCAUGAGUACACACAGUAGUUCAUGUUGACGGAAGAGGUGGGGGCAAUGGCUUGGGAUUCAACAUUACCAUUCUGUGGGCUGUCAAGACCGCCUUGUAUUCAUCUAGCUGUGGGCAACUGCACUUCACCUCUGAUGACAAGAAGGAAAGUUGUCUAUGCGGAGGUGAAUGCUGUGAUCCAAGCUGAUUGAGCUUGAUGCCUUUCUAUGGGAUUUUGAGGCUUCUGGAUGCCAUACUAUUCGCACCCACAAGAAGUUUGAAGCUGGAAUUUUUGCAAUGAUCCCUCUGAGGGAGAUUGUGACUGUUUUAUUUUUCCUCCAUACCAUUGUAGUGGCUGUGGAGGAUGGGAGCUCUGGUUUAUCCAGAUGCAGUUGUGAGGGAGAAGGAUGGUGGAAUAAUGAGAACAUAUUUCAAUGUCAAAUGGUCAGCGAUUUUCUGAUUGCCUUGGCUUACUUCUCAAUCCCUCUUGAGCUUUUGUACUUUUUGAGUUGCUCAAAUGUCUUUCCAUUCAGAUGGGUAAUUGUUCAAUUUGGAGCAUUCAUUGUGCUUUGUGGGUUAACCCAUUUUGUCAACAUAUGGACAUAUAAUCGUCACUCUUUUCAUGUAAUGCUAACUUUGACCGUCUUCAAGUUCUUAACUGCACUUGUGUCUUGUGCUACGGCCAUAACUCUUGUAACUUUGAUUCCUGAACUGCUACGGGUGAAGGUAAGAGAACUCUUUCUUAAAAACAAGGCAAGGGAACUAGACAGGGAGGUAGACAUUGUAAAAAGGAAAGAGGAAACGAGUUGGCAUGUUCAUAUGCUCACUCAAGAAAUCCGCAAGUCUUUAGAUCGUCAUACCAUCUUAAAUACAACUCUUUUUUCCCUAGCUAAGACAUUGAAUUUGGAAAAUUGCACCAUAUGGAUGCCACAGGCAGAGGGUUCAUUCAUGGAGCUAACUCAUGAGCUGAAACGGCGACAUUUGCAAUCUUCAAUAACUGUUCCAAUGAGUGAUCCAGAGGUGGUGAAGAUCAACAGUAGUAAAGUUCCAGUCAUCUUAGGACCUGAUUCUGCCUUGGGAAAGGCAAGUAAUCAGCACUGGUCAUUGGCUGGGCCUAUGGCAGCAAUAAGGGUGCCUUUGUUAAAGGCAUCGAAUUUUAAGGGUGGAACACCAGAAUUUUUUAAAGCAUCAUAUGCAAUACUGGUACUGGUCUUGCCAUGUGAAGAUGACAGACAGUGGAGCUCUCAAGAAUUAGAUAUUGUAGAGGUUGUGGCAGAUCAAGUUGCUGUUGCCCUUUCUCAUGCAGCUGUUCUGGAAGAGUCACAGAAGAUGAGGGGCCCGCUGGUUGAGCAGAAUAAAGCAUUACAGCAAGCACGGCAUGAUGCAAUGAGAGCAAGUCAGGCACGACAUUGCUUCCAAAUGGCAAUGAACCGUGAAAUGAGAGCGCCCAUGCAUGCUAUAUCUGCACUUUCAUCUAUCUUGCAAGAUGCUAGCUUGAAUGUUGAACAGCUGGCAAUGGUGAACAUGCUAGCAAAAAGUAGUAGCCUUCUUUCUACUCUCAUAAAUGACGUUAUGGAUUACUCACAAUUAAAUGAUUCUUCUGCUUUGGUUCUUCAGUUACAUCCUUUUCGGCUACCUUCAAUGCUGAAAGAUGCAGCACAACUUAUAAAGCAUAUGUCCAGUAGCAGAGGUCUCUUGUUCAAUCUUGAAAUAGGUGAUGCUAUGCCUGACCGUGUUAUAGGAGAUGAAAAACGCAUUCUACGCAUUAUUCUACACAUGAGUGGAUGUGCUGUUAAUUCAAUCAAAGAAGGAACAAUAUCAAUUCGCAUUUGCAAAGAAGACAGAACUGAAGGUUGGUGGGACCCUAGCAAUCGAAGAUGGAGACCUUCAUUUUGUGAAGGUUAUACGUUCUUAAGAUUUGAGAUCAGGACAUCAGGCUCUGAAAGCAACAAAAUUGGCACCCCCAGCUUCCUGAAAAAUGUACAGGAGGAUAAAAGCAAUUCCCCAGAAACAGCUGGAGGAGGCCUUGGAUUUGCCAUGUGUAAAAAGUAUGUUCAGCUUAUGCAUGGAAAUAUAAUGAUAGAGUCCAAUUCUCAAGGUGAAGGCUCUGUUAUUGUUUUUAUAAUUAGAUUACAACUGCAGACUCCAACUGAAAAUAGCCAUUGGUUGUCUCAAGAUGAGAAGAUAUACAAUUCUUCUUUAAAAGGUUUAAAAGUUCUUGUUGCAGAUGACAAUAACGUUAAUCGUGCAGUCACACUGCAAUUGCUUGAAAAGCUAGGCUGUGAAACAACUGGUGCAGAUUCAGGUUACCAGUGCUUACUUGCUUUAUUUCAGUCUGGAAAUGCAUUUCAAGUGGUCUUUCUAGAAAUUUGUAUGUCGCAGAUGGAUGGAUAUGAUGUAGCCUUCCGUAUACGACAAAACUUCAGAUCAGGAAACCGUCCCUUGGUUAUUGCUUUGACUGCUACUACAGAUAGAGAAAGUGUAGAUAAGUGCCUUAGUAGUGGGAUGGAUGGUGUGAUACGGAAGCCAGUUUCAUUGACAGAGAUGAGCAAGGAACUUUUCAAAAUUAUACAACAAACAAAGCAUAUCCCUAUCAUUUAGUAUCUACGAAGUUACUUUGUUUGAGUUGCAGUAAAAUUGUGAGACUUUCUUUCACCAGUUUGGCGUGAGUGGAAAUCUAUGGAAGACUGAUCAAGAUGCAUGCUCCUCAUUUUCAUAUGCUGGAGAUUGUGGUGCUUUAAUUUAAAAGGUCCAUGGUCUUCUCGAGUUCUCAGAAAUGUGGGGUACUGCGUCAUAUACAAUUAACAUUGCUAGUGGAGUAAUUCUCUCAUGCAUUGAUCCUGUAUGGGACAAUUACCUGAUAUAUGUAUGACAGCUUUACCUGUCUUGUUACAUAUUACAGGCUUCUUAUAGAUUCAGUUCAUUUGUGCAGGAAGAUGAAUAUCAAAGUUUAUUGAUGUAAGAGCUGUUAUUGCUUUUGUCUUCAGAAGAUGAUCCAAUCAAGAUAGCUUCUUUUGAAAUUUUCAA